UACAUCUUUGCGACCCGCCAACACAUCAACCACCCACCUCACACGACAUCACUGACGCGUUCGCGACUGAACCCUCAGUCAGAAGCAAAAAAAAGAUGCCUGCCCUCACAGUCGACACGACCUCACCAAACUCCUCACCCCAUCCGGGAUUGCGGAAUGGCGCCCCGUCGUACGCGCCGCACGACAGCGCCUCGUCACAACACUUGCGCCCUUCGAGUCCGCCCCAGCCGCCUUACUCACCCAUAACACCCACCUUGGCCGCCGCACGCCUCGACACGAUCGUGCCUCCCUUGCCGCAGCAGCCGUUGCGAACAUACACACACUCGCGGGCCGACGCGACGUUUAUCCCGCCCCCGCCUGCGCCGGUGGAGGUGAUUGACUUUGACUCGAAUACGGAUGUGCUGGCGGUGAAGAGCGCGAUAAGCGUGUUGCAGCUGCAGAAGAAGAAGGCGGCGCAGGAUAUAAGGACGUUGCAGAGGUUUAAGAAUCAAGCUAUGCAGGAUCCGGAGGCGUUUUUGCGCGCGGCGGAUAUGGGGGAGAUAAGGACGGAUACGGAUGCGACGUUUCCGGAGGAUAGCGAGGAGGAGGAUGAAGACGAGGUUGAUGGUGAUGUGGAGAUGAAUGGGACGGAAGAGCGCGCGACGAAGGUCGAGGAGCACAAAGAAGCCAGCAUGAAGAACGGGACGGCGCAUACAAAGACACAUUCUUCGUUCCCUCCUCUACCCGUGCCGCAGAAGGUGGUCAAAGUACCACCGAUCAACUGGGCGCAGUACGGCGUCAUCGGCGACUCACUGGAUAAACUGCACAAUGACCAGCUCCAACAUCCGACUCCCGGCUCACCAGCGCGACUCGGGCCAGACGGCCAGGUUCUAAACGGCUACACGGGCAACGAGUUUGAGAUGCGCGACCCCUCACCACAGAGUCCAGCGGGUACGUUGAAAGGCACGGGAUCUCCAGCCAAGAAACCGGGGAAAGCCGCACCACCUGCGAAAAAGAAGGGGAAAUGAAGAGACGCGACUAUACGCGAAGAGUUUACGAUGAAAUGAUGAAUGAGGCGCAACGGCGCAAAGGGACGGAUAGCGACGGGUGUGAUGAUGGAACUUCUUUGCAAAAUUUGAGCGUUUUGGCGGGCCGGACGGCGAUUAUACGAGUACAAUGAAUUGAAACGUGAGCGGAGAUUACGGUUGCGCGGGCGGGGAGGUGAUGUCGCUGGCGGCAUCCACGGUUAUUAUGUGAUGCAUAGAGCAUGGCGCGAUAGAUGGGUCUUUAUAUAGAAGGUCAUGAGCAAUCAUACAAAGAGCAU